GAGGGAGCCGGAGCCAUGGCGCUGCGCGGCGGGGCCGAGCGCCGGCCCCUGCGGGGGCUGCUGCUGCUGCUGCUGCUGGCGGCGGCGGCGGGGCUGGGCGCGCGGGCCGGGGCGGCGGCGGCGCGGGGGGAGGCCGCGGCCCGGCCCGUGGCCCUGGAGGAGGAGAUCGUGUCCGAGAAGGCGGCGGAGGAGAGUCACCGGCAGGACAGCGCCAACCUCCUCAUCUUCAUCCUGCUGCUCACCCUCACCAUCCUCACCAUCUGGCUCUUCAAGCACCGCCGCGCGCGCUUCCUGCACGAGACCGGCCUGGCCAUGAUCUACGGUGUGCUGAUGGGCGUCAUCCUUCGAUAUGGAAUUCACGUUCCCAGCGACGUUAAUAAUGUGACCUUAAAUUGCCAAGUGCAAACCAGUCCAGCUACUUUGUUAGUAAAUGUUAGUGGGAAAUAUUAUGAGUAUACCUUGAAGGGGGAAAUCAGCCCUCAUGAACUUAAUAACGUUCAAGAUAAUGAAAUGCUGAGAAAGGUGACUUUUGAUCCUGAAGUGUUUUUCAAUAUCUUACUCCCUCCAAUUAUAUUUUAUGCAGGAUACAGCUUAAAAAGGAGGCAUUUCUUCAGAAACUUGGGGUCAAUCCUAGCGUAUGCUUUUCUUGGAACGGCUAUCUCCUGUUUUGUGAUAGGGUCGCUCAUGUACGGCUGUGUAGCGUUAAUGAAAGUAACUGGGCAACUUGGAGGAGAUUUUUACUUUACGGACUGUCUGUUGUUUGGUGCCAUAGUAUCUGCUACUGAUCCAGUGACUGUUCUUGCCAUAUUCCAUGAGCUUCAGGUUGAUGUUGAGCUGUAUGCCCUUCUCUUUGGCGAAAGCGUCCUCAAUGAUGCCGUUGCCAUAGUGCUGUCUUCUUCAAUCGUAGCAUACCAGCCGGCGGGCGACAACAGCCACACGUUUGAUGUCACAGCAAUGUUUAAGUCCAUUGGCAUCUUCCUUGGGAUAUUCAGUGGCUCUUUUGCAAUGGGAGCUGCUACAGGAGUAGUCACUGCUUUAGUCACCAAGUUCACCAAACUCCGUGAGUUCCCCUUGCUGGAAACCGGUUUGUUUUUCUUGAUGUCUUGGAGCACGUUCUUGCUUGCUGAAGCAUGUGGUUUCACAGGUGUGGUAGCAGUGUUGUUCUGUGGAAUCACCCAGGCCCAUUAUACGUAUAACAACUUGUCUACAGAGUCUCAGCAUAGAACUAAACAGCUGUUCGAGCUUCUGAAUUUCUUGGCAGAAAAUUUCAUCUUUUCCUAUAUGGGACUCACGUUGUUCACCUUCCAGAAUCAUGACUUCAACCCUACGUUUAUAGUGGGAGCCUUUCUUGCCAUCUUCCUGGGAAGAGCUGCUAAUAUAUAUCCCCUGUCCUUUUUACUUAAUUUGGGGAGAAGAAACAAGAUUGGAACAAAUCUCCAGCACAUGAUGAUGUUUGCCGGAUUGCGAGGUGCUAUGGCUUUUGCCUUGGCCAUUCGAGACACUGCCACCUAUGCUAGACAGAUGAUGUUCAGCACAACACUCCUCAUUGUGUUUUUCACCGUCUGGGUUUUUGGCGGUGGCACUACAGCCAUGUUAUCUUGCCUGCAUAUCAGGGUCGGUGUAGAUUCGGAUCAAGAACACUUGGGUGCCCCAGAAAGUGAAAGGAGGAGUACGAAAGCGGAAAGUGCCUGGCUGUUCAGACUGUGGUACAACUUUGAUCACAACUAUCUGAAGCCUCUGUUGACGCACAGUGGCCCUCCUCUCACAACAACACUGCCCAGUUGCUGCGGACCUGUUGCCAGAUGCUUGACGAGUCCUCAGGCUUAUGAAAAUCAAGAGCAACUGAAGGAUGAUGAUUCCGACCUUAUUUUGAAUGAUGGAGAUAUCAGUUUGACAUAUGGGGAUUCUACUGUGAACGCUGAUUCUAACACAUCUGGUGGCACGUCGAGGAGGAUUGUGGGAAACAGUUCAGAAGAUGCAUUGGAUCGGGAGCUGGCAUUUGGAGACCAUGAACUUGUAAUACGAGGAACACGCCUGGUCCUUCCCAUGGAUGAUUCUGAGCCUCCGUCAAGUUUGGUAGAUAGUGCAAGACAUGGCCCAGCGUAAGAUUUAUGUUGCUCAAUUUAAUUGACAAUAAUAUCUGCAUAUGUGAUCACGAAGAAAUAUGUACUACCUAAAAUCUAAUGCAUGUCUCAGAAUGUCUAAGCUGUAUAAAUAUUAUUUAUAUGGUGCCAGAAGAAUAUAAAUAUUCUCUACAAGAUGGCUUGUGAAGAGCAAGCUGCAGUUUCUUAAGCUGAAAGCCAUGUUGACUGCACUGUGUAGAAAGAAACUGGUUUUUAGCAUAAUAAUCUUUUGCACAUGAUGGACUUCUUUUCAAGUGGUGUGAUGUAUAGCCUUAGGUCCCAGCUAGGUAGGGAAAGUGGCUGAUUUCUCUGUUAGCAUUCAGAAUUCAGCUUGACACAGACCAGAAUGACAAAUGAAAUGUUUCCUUUGCUUUGCUCUACCUAGAGUUGUUAGGAAGGUGUCAGCUAAAGAUGUAAAUUGCUUAUUAGUCACAUGAUGAUUGUUUUGGUCUCUCAUCUCUCUGAUUGUCAAAUACACACAUUAUAAAAUUGGCAAAAUCUCUGCGCAAAGAUUGGCCUGAUGGUUUAGUAGCCAGCCGUACUCUGCACUGCUGUAUUUGGAUCUGAGCUGGGGUCCCCAUUUAUCCAGGCCAGGAGGAGGUAUAAGGCAUCAUUGACUCAGAAUGCUUUGCUCCUGGGAAGGAAAGGGAGCAUUUUGCUCUGAAGUGACUCACCCACUCUACUAAGCCACUGUUUAGAUAAUGGGGCGUCAGCAGAAGCUAUUCCCAGCCGUCCUCUGGUCCAGGGUGGGUCACCAUGAUGUAUGAUUUUUCAGAUGGGGGCACAGAGCUUCACAGUUUGUGUUUUGCAGUUAUAUUUGAGGGAAAGAAUUGAUCACACACAAGCUGCAUCAGGCUUAUUGCACAGGCUUUGUCGUUGGUGAGUUUGCAUUUCAGGUGUGUCUUAAACAGCUUUUCUAGAGAUAACAAACAUUUUUAAGAGGUGAUUGAGUUCUGAAUUUUGGGAAGGGGCCAUGUCUCAUGAUUGAAGUCCUUUUACUAGUUAGUCAUUGAGGAAACUAAAUUAACGUACAAGUGUACUGCGGGUCCAUGCUAUACCACGGAGUCACACCUAUCCAAACAGGCAGUGUAAAGGUUGUAAAUUGAAACUGUACAUGUAGAUUUCUUAAGAGGUAUUUAGAAAAUGAGGUGGUACUGGAAGGGAGUCGUCUGUCCUCCUGUCUAGUUGAAAUUGUUGCACUUUGUUUGAUACACUGCAUGCUAGGGAGUUAUUAUACUCUCCUCCCUGGUUCAUUUUCAUGUCUCUUACGGUUUAUAAUAAAUGUUUGUGAGCUGCCAUGUUUUUACAUUUUUCCAAGGAAGAGCACAGAACAAUUUGCUAUUUCACAUUAGUGUACUAGGAUUUAUUCUUCAAUGAUGGGAAUGGCCAAAGGUGCAGUGAAAAUUUAAGAAGCUGAGAACUCUUAUUUCUUGCUUUCCCCAAGAAAAAAGUUCCAGCCUAGAACUUAACUGUGCAUAAUUUUAAUUUAUUUUUAGUCACACAAUCAACCAGUCCUUUCACAGUCAUGAAUACACACACUAGGCUGAUUUCAGAGUUAGCAUUCACUCUGUUAAAACAAGAGCGCAUUUCCUCAAGGUAGCACGGGACCUGAUCCUAAGAGGUAUCUGAGCACUCACAACUCCCAUUGACUUUGCUUGGAAUUGAGAUUAGGACCUGAGACCCCAUUGCAGUUUUCUUUGGAUGUUUACCCACUACUGUUUGUGGAGUGGGACGUUCAUGCAAAGGGGAGGAGAAAUAAGGAAAUACUUAGACUUUGACUGAGUGUAUAUUUAUAGUUCAGAAAAUAAAAUUAGCUUUUCUCAUUUUCUCAGGUCUAAAUAACAUUGCCUUAAAAUUACCGAAGCGGAACUAAUUUUUUCCAGUUAAACUAUCUCCAAGAAUUCCCCCCCCUUCAAGCAAAAUGUAUAGGUUUUUUCUGUAGGACUCCUCCAGAACUGUGUACAUUCUGCAUUUAUAUUUUAGGAAAUAAGAAUCUUCAUUGCACCUAGUAAAUGGCAGUUUCAGCUGUUAACAUACCCAUUUGUUGUUUAGUGCUAGCCAGUUUGUUCCCUGCUAUGCAGGGUUUCCAUGCAGUGUGAAUUUUAUAUUAUGUCUGUAUCUUAACUUCAUGUGUUUAAAAAAAGUAAAAAAAAAAAAAAAAAAAAAGUUAAUGUGUUGAUUUUUGUUUGCUGCACCAUUAUACAUCAAAUUUUUUUUUAUUUUGCCUUUUUAAAAAGAGGUAGGUUAAAUAACUACCUCCUGUUUUUUCUUCUGUAAGCUGGGUGACUGUGAAUUCAAUUUACAAAGAUCCACGCUGAUACCAUAGAAUGUGGAAAACACAGCUAUUGUUCAGAUAUGCCUCUGAUAAGAGCGCAUCAUCUGAUUUCUUCAGUUACUAGAUAUUCAAAGCAAUUUGAGAUUGCUUCCUAAUCUAUCCCGGUGGAGGAUCCACUGCUGUCAGAGCACUGUAGACCCCCAGCUUUGCCCACUUAAUAGUUUCAGCGGAGAAAUACCCAAUCACUCCAAUCCCAUCAGAAUCCUACUGCAUAGAAUUCCUAUAAGGGGAAGUCUAUACUGCGGCUUCCAGGGUGCUUCCCAAUGCAAGUAGACAGAUGCGUUAGCAAUGUGGCCAGGAUGGCUCCAGCUAGCGAUCCCAGUCCAAGUCUGCCCGACUCCUUCAGUACUACCAGUUUGUGCCGCUGUGGCCAUGCUGCUGUUUUUGGAAAGCUAGCAUGUGUCUGUCUACCUGCAUUGGGAAGCACCCUCCCACAUGCUGCAUAGACGUUCCUAAGGGACCAUUCCUGAAAAUUGUUUGCAGUGUUGUUGUAGCUAUGUUGGUUCCAUCUUAUGAGAGAGAGAGAGAGUACUUGUGGCACCUUUGAGACUAACAAAUUGAUUUGAGCAUAAGCUAUCGUGAGCUACAGCUCACUUCAUCGGAUGCAUUCAGUGUUAAUGUGUUUCCCUCUCUCCAACUUUAAUACGUUAGCUACAGUAUUUGAAUUGCCAACACAUUACUACAGUCCUAGGCUUUUGGUGUAAAUUAACAUUUUAAUUGAUGAUUGAAGUACUUUAGAUAAAUAUUCUAGUGUGUAUAUUUUUGUGUAGUCAGGAAUUAUAUUGUGUGUUAAACAUAAUAUAAGGACUGCUUUAAAAAUAAAAAUGGAAUGAGUGAAUCAAUCAAAGCUGAGAUUCAAGAGUGACUUUAUAGAAACAGCUCGAACUUAAUAGUAAACUAUUUCCUUUAUUCUGUUGUAGUGGGGAAUACAGAGGGCUUGAUCUUCAGUGGUGUUGAGAACCUACAAUUUCCAUUUACUUCAAAGGAAGUGGUGAAUGCUUAGCACCCAGAAAGAAAAGGAGUACUUGUGGCACCUUAGAGACUAACCCAAAUUUAUUUGAGCAUAAGCUUUCGUGAGCUACAGCUCAUCUGAUGAAGUGAGCUGUAGCUCACGAAAGCUUAUGCUCAAAUAAAUUUGUUAGUGUCUAAGAUGCCAUGAGUACUCCUGUUCUUUUUGUGAAUACAGACUGACAUGGCUGCGACUCUGACACCUGUCGCUUAGCACACGGCAUUCAGGCCUGUAGAUCUUUUGCCAAGUAUGUAAAACAGCCCCAGAUGCACAAUUUUACAAUGCUUUUAUAAAGAUUUAGAGAUGUCACCCCUUGCGAAUCCUCUCAUCUGUAAAUUGAAUUGAUCUGGGUUUUGCACAUGGAAAAGCACUGUUGAUCAAGUUUUGAUUUCUACUAGUAUUGUUGAAUUGUCCAGUAAUGGCAUUAACUUCAGUAGUUGUGGUGUUUGUGCAAUUGGCUUGUGAUAGUUGAUGAUCAUUAUUGCACCUUCUGUUUACGCUGAUUAAAUCUUUUACUGUUGCAUUGUACUGUUAAAGAAGGAUUCUAGGCCUAUAAAAAGUUUUUUUUUUUUCCCUUGAAUAAGUCUGUAGUGUUUCUUUAAUUCACAGGGAAAUAAAAACCUGUAACAAA